GCCUGGCACACAGUGCGCAACGGACGGGGAAGUACCCACAAACGCGCGACUGGUAACCUAGCACUGCUUCUGCGCAGCAGAUAAUGAGACCCGCCGAAGGCGCCCCUACCCCCGGAAGAGGCGGGGCUUCCACCCUGAUCCGGAAAUUGUGCGCCUCUCGUCUUUUUUUGCUGGGGGCCUCCGGGAAGAUGGCAGCGGUGGAGGGGGCUGAGGUGACAGUGGAUGGUGGCGAGCCGAAACUGAGCAAGAAUGAGCUAAAGAGACGCCUGAAAGCUGAGAAGAAAGUGGCAGAGAAGGAAGCCAGGCAGAAAGAGCUCAGUGAGAAACAGCUAAGCCAGACCACUGCUGCUGCCACUAACCACACUACUGAUAAUGGUGUGGCUACAGAGGAGGAGACUCUGGACCCAAAUCAAUACUAUAAAAUUCGCAGUCAAGCAAUUCACCAACUAAAAGUCAACGGAGAAGACCCAUACCCACACAAAUUCCAUGUAGACAUCUCGCUUACUCACUUCAUCCAAGAAUAUAGUCACCUGCAGCCUGGGGAUCACCUGAGUGACAUCACCUUAAGGGUGGCAGGUAGGAAGACUGACAGUUUGCUGAGCCCCCAUAGCGGAAAUUAUAAAUCAGAAGAAGAAUUUAUUCAUAUCAAUAACAAACUGCGUCGGGGAGACAUAAUUGGAGUUCAGGGGAAUCCUGGGAAAACCAAGAAGGGUGAGCUGAGCAUCAUACCUUAUGAGAUCACACUGCUGUCUCCCUGCUUGCACAUGUUACCUCACCUUCAUUUUGGCCUCAAAGAUAAGGAAACAAGAUAUCGUCAGAGGUAUUUAGACUUGAUCCUGAAUGACUUUGUGAGGCAGAAAUUUAUCAUCCGUUCUAAGAUCAUCACAUAUAUAAGAAGUUUCUUGGAUGAGCUGGGAUUCCUAGAGAUUGAAACGCCCAUGAUGAACAUCAUCCCAGGGGGAGCUGUGGCCAAGCCUUUUAUUACUUAUCACAAUGAGCUGGACAUGAACUUAUACAUGAGAAUUGCUCCAGAACUCUACCAUAAGAUGCUGGUGGUUGGUGGCAUUGACCGGGUUUAUGAAAUUGGACGCCAGUUCCGGAAUGAAGGGAUUGAUUUGACUCACAAUCCUGAGUUCACCACUUGUGAGUUCUACAUGGCCUAUGCAGACUAUCACGAUCUCAUGGAAAUCACUGAGAAGAUGGUUUCAGGGAUGGUGAAGCACAUUACAGGAGGUUACAAAGUCAGAUACCACCCUGAUGGCCCCGAGGGCCAAGCCUACGAUAUUGACUUCACCCCGCCCUUCCGGAGAAUCAGCAUGAUAGAAGAGCUUGAGAAGGCCCUGGGGGUGAAGCUGCCAGAAUCUAAUCUCUUUGAAACUGAAGAAACACGCAAAAUUCUUGAUGAUAUUUGUGUGGCAAAAGCUGUUGAAUGCCCUCCUCCUCGGACCACAGCCAGGCUCCUUGAUAAGCUUGUCGGGGAGUUCUUGGAAGUGACUUGCAUCAGUCCUACGUUCAUCUGUGAUCACCCGCAGAUAAUGAGCCCUUUGGCUAAGUGGCACCGCUAUAAAGAGGGUCUGACAGAGCGCUUUGAGCUGUUUGUCAUGAAGAAAGAAGUAUGCAAUGCCUACACUGAGCUGAAUGAUCCCAUGCGGCAGCGGCAGCUUUUUGAAGAACAGGCAAAGGCCAAGGCUGCCGGUGAUGACGAGGCCAUGUUCAUAGAUGAAAACUUCUGUACUGCCCUAGAAUACGGGCUGCCCCCCACAGCUGGCUGGGGCAUGGGCAUAGACCGCAUCACCAUGUUUCUCACAGACUCCAAUAAUAUCAAGGAAGUUCUCCUGUUUCCUGCCAUGAAACCUGAAGACAAGAAGGAGAAUGUAGCAACCACUGAUACAUUGGGAAGCACGACAGUUGGCACUUCUGUCUAGAAAGUAAUAAUUGCAAGUCAUAUAACUCGGGCAUCUUCGCAUUUCUGCAGAAGGUCAAGUUGCGCAAGGGAAUUCUUGCGUGCUGCCAUCCAUUUGACUACCACAGUUCAGUUCAGCCACCAGAAAAGAGAAGGGGAAUUAAGAAUUUCUUUUUACACCUUGUUACCAAAUAAACCAUUUGUCUCUUCUCUUUA